AUGAACCAGACGGAGCGGAAGAAUACGAGUGUCCGCGCCAUGAGAAGGGGGAGUAGAGUCCAAGCAUCGAUCAUUCCGCGAACAUUCAUAGGGACGAGCCCGUCUCAGGGUGGAGGAAACACGUUCGACGCGGACAAAUUCGUCGUCAAAAAUUGCGGAAACCAGGCUAAUGAAAUGAUCGCACCGCAAAGUCCAGAGUGCCACGAUCAGGCUUCCAUUCCUUCGUACUCGGCCGGCCAAAUGAUGCAGGCGCUGUAUGGAAUCGAGGUCACAAGAUUGUGCAUCGGAGCAGGGGUCGUGUUCAUGGUGCAUGGCCUGGUCUGGGGCCCGCGUGGAACGUGUAUCGGUGCCCGAAGCUGGAUCGUCUCGCUAUUCGAGGCCUCAUUUACCAACUCUCCAUAUCUUUUUCUUCUCGGGCACUUGUAUGCCGUUAUGGCCGGACAAGCGCAGCUAGAGCCUAUGAAUGCUUCGCCUCACCAUGCAAAGGUGAAGGUGUCGCUGCAGCUUGCUGACUCUAUGUACGUUUCCGGGAAUGCCAUCACGGGAAAGGUGCAGCUCGAAUGCAAGGCGGACAAGGGCCUCGGUAUUGGCGUGGUUAUGGUCGAGCUCUACGCUGUCGAGGGUCUGUCCCGUGUUCAGCUUGAGUUGACGUCCCGCGAUCACUCCGCCACCUCGACGUUCCUGCACACCCGCCGAUUCUUCCAGGGUCCUGGCCUACCUCCGUCGAACGCAGUGCAGCCGCACCCCCUGCCUGGUGACCCGCCUGUGCCGACGCACUAUCACACCGCGCGGCGCGGGAUCACGACGUUUCUUUUCCGCCUUCCCCUCCCCGCCUCGUCCCCGUCCGCGAUCGAUUUCGGCUCGGGGCUUGCGCAGGUGCGGUACGAAGUGCGCGCGACUGUCGGCGUCGCAUGGAAGGGCGAGAACCGCCUCGUGUUUGACAAGAAGCCGAUUGACGUAGUAGAGACCUUCGAAGAAGACCUUAGAGGCGGGGACCCGGAGGCUGUUGUCGUCGGUGAGAACGGCAGGAUCUGGGUGCAGGGGAGGGUGAUUGGCGGAUUCAUGAUCGCUGGUCAGCCUGGCUGCGUAGAGCUGCAGGUCAAGAAUCAUUCGUCGAAGAAGAACUCGGGCCUCUCCGUGGCGCUCACCAGAGAGCUCUAUCUACCAAAUCAGCCGUCAGGGAGCACGCAGCCACUGCAGAUCAAUGACACGCUGACAAGCGUUACAUUUCGAGGGCCCGAAUACAUCAUACACCCCGGCGCGGAGGGAGUAGCUACCCUUGUCUUCGAUCUACCACCGCACGCGAGAGGUGUGAGAGGUGGACGCCGGCAGGGCGAUGAAGAGGGUCGUCGGACGGCCGAGGCCCUUUUUGAGGAUAUUAUCCUCACCGUCCCUGUCACGAUCUUGCAUCCUUCUGCUAUCCCUCUACUUCCUGAUCGCGACCUAUAUUCACAGCCAUACGAGGUGGCGGCAGUGUACGACCCCUCACCCGGUGCCAUACACUCUCCUCCACCUCUGUCGCCCCCGCCGAUACUGGAGCGGCCUUUGAGCCCCUACGCUUAUGCUCCCCCGCCGCCCAUGUCGCCCACGCUUCUGCCUUAUGUAGACCAUGGUCAGGUCUGGCUCCCGCCACCUAUACCGGCUCACUCAGCAUACGAUGCGAUUUAUUCGCCACCUGUAUCUCCCCCGCUAUCUCACCACUACUACUAUUAUCUCCAGCCUCACUCGCUCCCUGUUCCAUAUAUACCACAAGCCCGACCCUCGAGCACCGAACCUGUCCCCUCGCAGCCGCUAUAUUCUGCACCUGUGUCACCUUUAACCUCCACGCAGCAGCCCCUACUGCCCAUGCCAAUGUCCAGCAAUUCCGCCGCAGUGCGCGAGGAAGGGAAAGGCGAGCGCGCCUCGCGCAUCGCGUCGCACCUCCGCAUGUCCUCACGCCAUCGUUCCGUGUCGCCGCCUGCGCACCGCUACGCCUUGCCGACCGCACCCGAAGCCCACGCGCCUGUCGCGCCUCCUCCCGCAUCGUCGUCCAUACCUGUCCCCGUGCAGGCGCCCGCAGACCUCAGCCCCUCCUCCUCCCCGUUGACUCAGCGCCGUCUCCCGACGCUCAACCUCUCCGUAUCGCCCGCCCCCUCGCAGGGAUCCGUCGUCUCUCCACGCCCCAUGCUGUCGCCAAAACACUCCUUCUCCCUGGACCCGUCCAUGCAGGUGACGCAGGUGGAACAGCUCGAGCGCAUUGCCGCCCUGGCGGAUAGCGAGAACCCCGGCAUGUCGGCAUCUGGCGCGUCGCCGCGUGCAGACGCCGGAAUGAUGGACAAGACCCUCCCCCGCGUCCCAGACGUAGAGAAGGGCACAUUCCGUGCUGCCGCACCACGUGUUGACACCCUGUUUCCUGAGAGUGCCGCGCGACCGGAAGAGACGCCGCCGACCCCGACACUUGCAGCGGUCACUUCCCUCAAGGUGCCCCGGGCUCUUGAUGCAGAGGCGGGCGGCGGCGGCCUCAGCGGACUCGACGCCUUGGAGGCGAAGCUGCUCGCGCAGGUGGGGACGCGAAAGAUUGAGAAGGCGACACGACCGGACGUACGCACGGUGCUGCCCAUCGCGAUACCUCGUCCAACAGAAGGUGACCCUGCCAACGACUCCGCCAUAUCCAGCUUGACGCUGCCCGGGCUCGACUCGGACGCGAAGACACUCAAGGUCGGGCAGCCCAAUCCGGGCCCCGAGCUCGAGCCGGACGCGGACGACCAGGACGACGAUCGGGCACUGACGGAGCGCUGGCGCGACCGCGAGAGCAAGAAGGCAAGCUCUAUCGGGGCGCGGAAGUCGAAAGACAAGGAGCGGCACGGCGGGCCCAAGAGCGGCGAAGGCAAGGUGAAGGACGAGGAGCUGCAGAAGCUGCGCAAGACCGCGCAGGGCAGGGUCGCGGCGUGGCUCGGGAGCAUCGAGCCCGCGGUGCCGCCCCCGUCUGGCACGCCGCCGCCCGCCAAUCCUGAUGCGCCGGUGGGCCUGGCCGACCUCGCGCGUGAAGACUCGCACGGCCGUGUUGCGGCGUGGCUCGGGCGCAUGCAGGCCGAGAAACCUGACGACGCGACGGCGCCGCACCCCCCAGCUGGCAUGCCCGCACCUGCGGCGGACCCCACGAGCCCACCUACUCCGAGUGUCCCGAGCAGCGACGCCCCGCAGGAGCCCCGUCCUAAUGUAAGUGAAGAGGAUGUAACUGCAGCCCCCAAUCCGCGCUCGUCCGGUUUCGUGCCCAUCAGCACCUUACGCGCAGAAGCCCCCCACCGCGCCGCUGCCGCUGCCGCCAGGCCCGCAGACCCCAGCCAAGGCGGGGACGCCAAGACUUCGGUCGUGCCACCGCGCUUGCUCGCGCUCCCCGCGCGUCCCGUUGACCCGCAGGUGCGCUACGACAUCCGCUCUGCGCGCGGCGGACGAGGCGGGAAGGUGACUGCCGUCGCCGCCAUUUGGGCCUCUGCCACGCAGCAGCGCGACAGCCAUCCCGAGCCCAAGGCGAAGCCUGUUCCGCCUCAGCGCGCGAAUGGCGCGCCUGCACGAGCAGACGUGGCCCCGGUCUCGGUCCCGGGCGCGAGCUCAGCCAGCGCGAAGCCGAUCGCGCGGCUCGUCCACCUGCCGACGCCCAAGCCUCCAAAGGCGGCGCCUCCGCCGCCGCGCCCACGGCCUACUGCCGGCGACGCGAGACCGUCGCCAGCGGCGGACCUCGCGGCGCGGCGUGCGCGGAUGAUCAAGUCCACGUCUGUGCCCGCGAUGAUAUCCUCGUCGCACGCGACGCCAAUGCUCUCCUCGACGGCGUCGCUCGCGCGCGCGCCGCCCGUGCUGGCGGAGCGGAACAAGACGAACGCGCGGCUCGCGCCGAUCGCGUCGGAGGACCCGCCGCCGGCGGGCAAGACGGAGCCGGCGAAGGCGCCUUCCCCGCGGGCGGAGCUCGCGUUCGGGCAGGCGCGGCUGCGCGAGCUCAUCAAGCGGUACCAGGGGCAGGGGAAUACGUGA